AUGACGAUCAAACCUAAUAAUUGUCUUUUGAAAUCUUGGUGCGGGGGGCGAGGCGGAACUAUGGACGACGGAGGCAGCAACAAGCAGCGACAGGCCACCAGGGUCUUCAAGAAGAGCUCACCAAAUGGAAAGAUUACAGUUUAUUUAGGAAAGAGGGACUUCGUAGAUCACAUCACACACGUAGAUCCUAUUGAUGGCGUGGUGUUGAUAGAUCCGGAGUAUGUGAAGGAUCGGAAGGUGUUCGGCCACGUGCUGGCGGCCUUCCGCUACGGCAGAGAGGACCUGGACGUAUUAGGACUCACCUUCAGGAAGGAUCUGUACCUGGCCGCGGAACAGAUCUAUCCUCCCACGAGCAGUCCAAAGCGUCCCUUGACUCGUCUCCAGGAGCGUCUAGUCCGUAAGCUGGGUCCGGCGGCGCACCCCUUCUACUUCGAGCUGCCCCCCCACUGCCCCGCUUCCGUCACGCUGCAGCCUGCGCCCGGAGACACCGGCAAGCCUUGCGGCGUGGACUAUGAGCUAAAAGCAUUCGUAGCAGACUCCCAGGAUGACAAGCCUCACAAAAGAAAUUCAGUCCGUCUCGCCAUACGCAAGAUAAUGUACGCGCCGAGCAAGCAGGGCGAGCAGCCGUCCGUGGAGGUGUCCAAGGAGUUCAUGAUGAGCCCCAACAAACUGUACCUGGAGGCUUCGCUGGAUAAGGAGCUGUAUCACCACGGUGAGAACAUAGCCGUGAACGUCCACAUAGCGAACAACUCCAACCGCUCAGUAAAGAGGAUCAAGGUGUCCGUCAGGCAGUUCGCUGACAUCUGUCUCUUCUCAACCGCUCAGUACAAGUGCACCGUCGCUGAGGCGGAGAGCGAGGAAGGCUGUCCCGUCGGUCCAGGUUUUACCCUCAGUAAGGUGUUCACGCUGACUCCACUGCUCGCUAACAAUAAGGACAAAUGGGGACUAGCUCUGGACGGACAACUCAAACAUGAGGACACCAACCUGGCGUCCAGUACACUUAUCGCGGAUCCUUCGCAGCGUGAAAAUUUAGGCAUCAUAGUACAGUACAAAGUAAAGGUCAAACUGUGCCUCGGUCCACUCGGCGGUGAGCUGAGCGCGGAGCUGCCGUUCAUCCUGAUGCACCCCAAGCCGGAGGAGGAGCCCCGCGCGGCGCCCGACCCGCCGCGGGCAGACCCCGACCUCAUACAGCUGGACCCCAACCCCGACGAACACGAAGCUCACAGAGACGAGAACGGUCAAGAGCAAGACGACGAUAUAAUAUUCGAAGACUUCGCUCGACUGCGGCUGAAGGGAGCGGACACUGACGCCUGA